AUGUCGCACCAGCGCAAAGCAAAACAGACCAACACAGGGCAGAGCAGACUGGUUUCCCAGGCAGCGGCAGAUUUGAAACAGUUCUGUCUGCAGAAUGCUCAACAUGACCCCCUGUUGACUGGAGUAUCUUCAAGUACCAAUCCCUUCAGACCCCAGAAAGUUUGUUCCUUUUUGUAGUAAAAUGAAUUUUGAAGGUGUUCUAAACCACUUUUCUUGAACCAGCAAAUAUUCAAAGAGAGCUAAAUCUGAAGCCUGUACAAAAAGCUUACCCUAUAACAUGUGCCAUACUCUACAGACUUCUGCUUUUGUCAGUCCUUAACAUCUACCUCUCUGAAUUUUCAAUUAUUUCUAUUUCACAAGAAUGAUUAUUUUAUAUACACUGGCAGCAGCAUACAAAUAAAAUACUUAGUAUAAAAAGUAUUUUUGCCUAAUUAUUGGUAAUACACUAUGUAUUAGUUUGUUUUGAACACCUAAAUUAAAUGGCAAUUUUCCCAGUCA